AUGGUGGGGUUCAGGGACAUCAUCAGUCGUCCACGAUGGCUGGGGCUUUUCAUCGUCUCCCUGAUUGUGAUCUUCUCGGCCUACAAGACAUUGCCACGGUUAAACGACUCCGGAGAACUGGCAUUCCCUGUAGCUGGAUCCAGCAACAGCUUCUCCAUCAAUCUCGCCAACCAGAAAUAUGUCAAGCCUAAAAAUGUGAAGGUCAUUGGCCUUGUGUUUUUCGGUAGGAGAGAUCGGAGAAAUCUAGUAGCUAAUGGAGGGUGGAUUGACGAAGUUCACUGGGUACUCAACACCGGCAAAAAGCCAGACCUGGCCUAUCUGGAAGAGAUCCUGGCGGGCGAGCCUGCGUACAAGAAGAUCGAUCUAAGCGACGAGGGCAUCGGCUUCGAGGGCUACGGGCAUGCCUGGGGCCAUGUGGAGAGGGGUGCUUACUAUAUCAAGAUCGACGACGAUGUGGUUUAUUUCGCCGACGAUGCUGUGCCUCGAGUUGUCAGCCUCAAGCUGCAACACCCAGAGUUCCUGGUGACUUCUGCGAAUGUGAUCAAUUCGCCGCUGAUGGGCUGGGUGCACUAUCACUCUGGAGCAAUGCAUCCUUAUCUACCAGAAUUCGAUAAGUGGGAGCCACCCUUACUCGACUACGGUAGCAAGAUAUCAUGGAAGUACACCGACUACCCAUCGUGGGCUGGACCUGAGGACUACUUCUGGGACUGGGAUCAGGACCCGCCAUAUCACGGCCAUCGCUGGCUACGACUGACGAGGGAUGGCGCCAUGCGACAAACGCCUGCGUCCAAGAUCGAGUACGACACGUGGGGAAGAGGGCUGAAAUCAUGGGGUAUCGCUGCUCAAGAGCACUAUUCCUUCCUCGAGAAUCUGCUUGACAACCGGCUCGACAAGUACAAGCUGAACAAGGCUUGGAUCACAGACUAUCAGCGCUUGUCGAUUAACUUCAUCUGUGUAUACGCGGACGAUGUGUUGGACAAUUUGCCGAUGGAUACCGUUGAUGAGGAGUGGCUGACUGUCAACCUUCCCAAGAAGUUGGGCAAGAGCGUGGCUGUCGAGACGGACGCCCUCGCAGCGCACUUCACAUUCGGUACGCAGGGCAAGAUGCAGGAUACUGAUCUGCUAGGGCGGUACAAGGACUAUGCGAUGGAGAAUGCUUGCAGGAGAAAGGUCGAUCUUCAUGCUGAGAAGACCAGUUGA